AUGGAGGCCGUGUGGAAGAUUGAGGUUGAGGACUUCCCUGCUUUCGUUGUCGUGGAUGACAAAGGCAACGACUUCUUCAAGCAAUGGUCGAAGGAGGCUGCGAAGGAGCCUGAAGCAGAUUCCUUCUUUGACGAAACGAAGGAGUUCUUUUUCGGCCUGGACAAGAACAAGGAUGGUAAGCUCGGGGUGACUGACCUGAUGCGUGGCUUCAGCAUCGACGAGCAGAAGGCAAAAAAGCUGGUCGACCAGUUCGAUGUGGACAAGGACGGCUGGAUUGAUGUCAAAGAGUUCGAGCUCAUGCUGUUCAAGAGCGAGGAUUUGAAGCGGCAGAUGCAUGCGUGA